AUGGGCGACACCUCUCUCGCUCCCUCCCCCUCUACCACCACCACCACCACCACCAAUCCCGAGAACGAAUUCUGGAUAUUCGGAUACGGGAGUUUAAUCUGGAAACCCCCUCCACAUUUUGAUCGUCGUAUCCCAGGCUAUGUAACAGGCUAUAUACGGAGAUUCUGGCAGGCUAGCGAAGACCACCGCGGCACCCCCUCCUCCCCAGGCCGCGUCGUAACCCUAAUCUCCCACUCCCACUGGCUCACCCUCUCCGAUCCGCAUUCUCUCCCUCCCUCCUCCUCCCCAAAAACCUGGGGCGUCGCCUACCACGUCCCCUCCUCCCACGUCGCCCAAGUACGCGAAUAUCUCGACAUCCGCGAGAUAAAUGGUUACACCAUCCACUACACCGAAUUUUAUCCCGCCGCCUCCUCUUCCUCCUCUUCCUCUUCCACCGAAACCCAACAACAACAACAACAACAACAACAACAACAACCGAUCCAAACCCUCCUCUACAUAGGCACCCCCUCCAAUCCGCAAUUUACCGGCCCCCAAGAUCCGCAAGAAUUGGCUGAACACAUCUUCCGAAGCGAAGGCCCGAGUGGUUUGAAUCGUGAUUAUCUUUUGAGUUUGGAUGUUGCUUUGGAUGAAUUGAGUCCCGAGAGUGGUGAUGAUCAUAUCAAGGACCUGGCGAAUAGGGUUCGGAAGAUAGCUGAGAGGCAAGGAGAUGUAGAAGCAGAAGCAAGUCACACAGAGCAUAUAGAUCAUGAGCUCAAGAAGGUUAAAAGCACAGAUGAGCAGGAGGAGACUGAAAAGUAA